AUGACGUCGCAAUUUACCCCAGUCCAAAACAUCUGCGCACAUUUAAACGCGUUCCACGCCUACGCUUCCGAUCCCACGCGCUCGGUCGAAGCCAACCACUACUGUGGCCACGUGAACAACGAUGUCCGCCAAUGCAUCAUCUACGAUAGCGCCGAACCCGGCGCCCGCAUCAUCGGCAUCGAGUACAUGAUCACCCCGGAGCUGUACGAAACCCUCGACCCCGAGGAGCGCAAGCUCUGGCACAGCCACGUGUACGAAGUCAAAUCCGGCAUGCUCUUCAUGCCCCAGGCACGCUUGCCCGAGGCAGCCUGGGAGGUGGCGGAAAACAAGGAGAUGGAGCAGGUCGUCAAGCUAUACGGGAAGACCUUUCAUCUCUGGCAGGUAGACCGCGGCGACAAGUUGCCUCUGGGGCAGCCGGAAUUGAUGAUUAGCUAUACGGAGGAUGGUCAGCUGGCAGAAGGGAUUCUUGACGAGAGAGACGCGAAAUUUGGCAUCGACCGAAAGAAGAAGAAGGCGGGCCGAGAGUAUAUAGGGGAGCCGGCCAUCCAUCCAGACCAAGCUUGGAAGAAGCCCACCGCCUAG